CCACAAAAAAAAAAAAAACUUUCUUUCGAUAAAAAAAAAAUCAAAGCUUUUUAUCUUUAAUUCUCCUCCGAUGAGGUGUAAGAGACACACCGUCGAUUUCAGCAGCAGCAACGGCGUAUGCGCUUCUUGCCUCCGUGAACGUCUCCUCUCCCUCGCCGCUUCCGCCGCCAUCACAGCCGCCGUAGAAGAUAAUCAAUCACGCAAAUCUAAUAAUCAUCCUCCGCUUUUGAUUUUCCCUCGCUCUGUUUCUCCUUAUGUAACCCGUAGAAAAUCCGACGCCGGAGUCGGAGGAGAUCCUCUUACUUCUAAUCGGAGAUUCAUCACCACGCCUCAGAUAGAUCUCGUCGGCUAUUCGUGCAAAGAUUUCGAAUCCAAUCGAUCUUAUAAAUCAAAACAAGGCAAAAAGUUAUCUAGAUUCUCGAAUCUAUUCAGAGCUAGAUCUGAAGAUUUUGAUUACAAUCGCAAAUCCAACAAUCCUAGAUUCUCAUGCGACGCGUCUGAGAUUUCGUCUUCUUCUUCUUCUUCACGUUCAUGGAUCUCGUCGAUUCUCUCCACUGGUCGCCGUAAAAAGCAACCAACCACCGCCUGUUAUAUUGAAGACGUAAUCGCUGGUCGUAGACCUCAACGUAUAUACUGUAGAGGAAUGUCACCUGCGAGAGAUACGGAACCGGAGCCGUCGUCGGAAUCAAUUGAGGAAUUGAGAAGAACUCCGGCGACGAAAACUCCGGGAAGGAGGAAGAUUGCGAAUGGGAUAGGGAAGACUAUGUCGGGGAUGGCUUUUUGCUUGAGUCCGUUGGUGAGAGCUAGUCCUAAUUGUCCGUUUAAACGGAAAAUGAGAUUUCCAUCGGAAUUUGGUACUUCCGGGGAGGUAACGGCGGUGCCGGAAAAGCCUCAUAUAUCAGCAGCGGCGUCGUUUUGUGCAAACAGAUCGAAGAAGCUUGUGGAUUUAGGUAGAGUUGAUCGCCGCCGUUGAGUUUUUUUAGGUGGAUUAGUCUUUAGUCAACGUGUUUGACUAUGGAUGGUUAGUAAAUUACGGUAAGUACCCCUCGUGGCUUUCUAAAGAUGGAUUUUUUUCCAAAAUCAAGCUUUUUAUUUGGCUUGUGGUGAAUAAUCUCUAUGGGAAAUACUUUCUUUUGUUUAAAACUUUGUAAUGUUUUUUUCCUGAUUGUAAUUGUAGAGUUUGAUGGGCCAAAUAUAUUGUUCUUAGGAGA